AUGGUUGCUGAGAUCCGACGACUACCCUUGAAAACGACCCAAGGUUGGACAGCUCGCAGCCUGCCGCCGUCCCCGGCGCCCACUACAUUUGUCCGCAACGAGGACGGGCCGCCGAGCGUGGCCUACAUCGCGACUCGAGCGACGCCGGGCGCGAUCGUCAUGCUCAUCGCCAUCACGGCGGUCAUCCUGUCCUUCAGAUGUUCCAGCCUGGAAACGGAUCAGCGUGAUUUCGUUGACCCGCACACGUACGAGGACCCGUACGCGGCCGUAGAGGAGUUCGCGCAAGAGAUCGACGCGUCACUGAUCACCGUCGGUCCAGAGAUCGGCGUCGGCCAGUUCGGCUGCGUGCGCCGCGGCAAGCUAGGCGAAAGGACGGUGGCUAUCAAGACGCUGAAGCCGGGCUCGACAGAGAAGGCGCGGAUGGACUUCCUCAGCGAGGCGUCUAUUAUGAGCCAGUUCCAGCAUCCCAAUGUUGUCCUCCUGCGGGGUGUCGUUACCGAGAGCAUCCCGUUGAUGAUCAUCACUGAGUUCAUGGAUCAAGGAAGUCUGGAUAAGUACCUCGUGAAAAAGGCCAGAUGUCUCCAGUCGUUUCACCUGCUGGUGAUUUUGCGUGGCGUGGCUGCCGGCAUGCAGUACCUCUCCCAGAUGAAGUACGUGCACCGCGACCUGGCCGCACGCAACGUGCUGGUCAACUCGCAGCUGGUCUGCAAGAUCGCCGACUUCGGGCUCAGUCGCAAGCUUGAGGGCAUCGCAGAGGGAAUUUACACCACACGGGGCGGCAUAAUUCCGUUCCGCUGGACGGCGCCCGAGGCUAUAGCGCUCCGCACGUUCACGCCCUCCUCGGACGUGUGGAGUUUCGGCAUCGUCGUCUGGGAGGUCAUGUCCUACGGCCAGCGGCCAUACUGGAAUUGGCGCAACAGUGAGGUCAUCCAAAGAGUGAAGGAGGGCUACAGGCUGCCGGCUCCAGCAGGCUGUCCUAAGGCGCUGCACCAGCUGAUGCUGGACUGCUGGCAGCGUCAGAGCGCCCAUCGACCGCUGUUCGUCAGUAUAGUUGACACGCUGGACGGCUUCAUUAGGUGUCCCGAGAGGCUGAACAUGGAGACACGCCACAGGUGA